UAGUCAGCAUCUGGCAAUGGAUGACUGCAAUUGUUGUAAUUUUGCUUAUCUUGAGGCCGGUGCUUGUUUAGCUGCUAGAAAAAGGAAAAGCCUUGUGGCAGUUAGAACAUAGUUGAUUAUAUAAGUGUAGGGAUGUGUGACUUAACCCUUGCCUGGCAUGGCCUUAGGUCUAGUUUAUAAUUUGGUAUCUUAUUGCCACAAACAGUUCAUUCCAUCAGUCUUCUGAUCUCUAUUGUCACAGCUCCUCUGGCCCAUGUGCAGUGCACAGAGAUGCCAAGACUAAAGUUCAAAGAGAGAGACACACAGAGAAACGGACAGGCAGAGAGACAUGACUGACAACAGAGAGACUGAGUUGGGAGUAGAGAGAGAAGGAGCCAGACAAAGACCCAAAGAGAGAGGGAGAAAAUACAAGAUGCAUAGAAGGAAGUGCAAAGAAAGGAGAAAAGAGAGACAGAGAUAUACUCACAGCAAGGUGCAGAGGCACGGAGACCCUAUAAGAGAUGGAAAUGGAGAACCACAGAGGGGGAACUGCGGGCACUAAGAAAGACGUGGAGAGAACUAGAAAGAUAGAGACGUGAACACGGACACAAAGACCCAGAGCCAAAAAGAGACAGAAAUGGGGUCAUAGGUGGACAGAAAUGCACAGAGAGACUGUGAGCCCCCACAGACACAAACGCUUAGAGGGGCAGACAUGCAGAGACACCCACAGAAAUGCAGAGACAAAACCACCCGGAGACACAUGCCGAGAAACACACUGAGGGGCUCAGAAAGAGACAGAUGCAGAGAGAGCCCAAGACAGACCCAGCAAGGGGCCCCAAGAAAUGCACAGAAACACAAAGACCGAGACCACCAGAGACAGAGGUACAGAGAGGCGGGGAGGGUGAGGAAGCCUGCUCUCCAGGGCCGGCUUGAACCUAGAACUCAAGGUCAUGGCUUGGCUGGGAAGCGGGAGGGGGAUACCAAAAAAGAUCAGUGUUAGAUGGAGGUGGGGAGGGAGGGUAGGUUUCACCCUAAUUGACACCCCCAACCCUUCCCCUCCCCCUCCCCACACCUGCUUCCCGGCUUUAGUGCCUGUUGUCACCAGGAUGGAAUCCUGGUGGCAGACAAAGGGGUGGGGGUGGGGAGGGGGAGACAAAAAGAUGGACAGAGACAGAGGGGGAGACUAAGAAGUAGAGACAGACACACAGAGAUACACAGAUGGAGAGCCACGUCCAGAAACAGACCUAGAUAGAAAGAGGGAACAGAGAGAAGAAAACAGGAAACAUUCCUUAUAGCCCAUUUGUCAUUAGUAGGUCCUCCAAGGACCUACUGUGUGCCGGGCAUGGGGACGUCAAAGCACAGGGAGCUAUAAGGGAGGUAGUUGGAGCACCAUGGGAGCCUGGGACGUGGGGUGGGGGCAGGCGCGGGGCUCCUGGGCCAUGCAGAUGGGGUUGGCAUGGGGUUGGGGAGGGGCCCGCGGAGGCUUCUGGACUCUGAGUGUGGAGCCAGGGGCAGCCGGGCUGUCUCUGAACUCUCAGACUUGUGUUUGAGCAAAGGAAUUCUCUCCCCCUCCCUCUCCCCUCAGGGCGGGGCCGAGCCUCCAGCUAUAAACUCCCCGGAGCUUCAGUGCCCUCAGCAAGGCUCAGCCUCAAGAUUCACAGAAUCUCAGACGCAGCCUAGGCCGCACCAGGAUGUCGGACACCGAGGAGCAGGAAUAUGAGGAGGAGCAGCCGGAAGAGGAGGCUGCGGAGGAGGAGGAGGAAGCCCCCGAAGAGCCGGAGCCGGUGGCAGAGCCAGAAGAGGAACGCCCCAAACCAAGCCGCCCCGUGGUGCCUCCUUUGAUCCCGCCAAAGAUCCCAGAAGGGGAGCGCGUUGACUUCGAUGACAUCCACCGCAAGCGCAUGGAGAAAGACCUGCUGGAGCUGCAGACACUCAUCGAUGUACAUUUCGAGCAGCGGAAGAAGGAGGAAGAGGAGCUGGUUGCCUUGAAAGAGCGCAUUGAGCGGCGCCGAUCGGAGAGAGCUGAGCAACAGCGCUUCAGAACUGAGAAGGAACGCGAACGUCAGGCUAAGCUGGCGGAGGAGAAGAUGAGGAAGGAAGAGGAAGAGGCCAAGAAGCGGGCAGAGGAUGAUGCCAAGAAAAAGAAGGUGCUGUCCAACAUGGGAGCCCAUUUUGGCGGCUACCUGGUCAAGGCAGAACAGAAGCGUGGUAAGCGGCAGACGGGGCGGGAGAUGAAGGUGCGCAUCCUCUCCGAGCGGAAGAAGCCUCUGGACAUUGACUACAUGGGGGAGGAACAGCUCCGGGAGAAAGCCCAGGAGCUGUCGGACUGGAUCCACCAGCUGGAGUCUGAGAAGUUCGACCUGAUGGCGAAGCUGAAACAGCAGAAAUAUGAGAUCAACGUGCUGUACAACCGCAUCAGCCACGCCCAGAAGUUCCGGAAGGGGGCAGGGAAGGGCCGCGUUGGAGGCCGCUGGAAGUGAGGCUGCUGCCCCGGACAGCGGCACCCGGGAAGCCUGGGAGUGUUUGUCCCAUCGGUAGCUUGAAAUAAACGCUCCCCUCAGACA